GUUUACUUUUUGGCCGUUGGGACUUUUCCACUCUAUCUCUCUGUUGUGUUCUCUGUAUAAAGACUACUUCCAGUUCCAUCCAUAUCCAUCCAAAAUCACCAGCGGUGCUAAUUAUUUUCGCUUUUAGUUUAAUUUAAAAAAAAAAAAAUCAAAACUUUAUUUAUUUAUAUAUUUUUUUAAAAAUUUCUGCUUCAUUAUUAUGCCAACCAAAUUGUUCAAUAAAAUACUCGUUUAAAAUAGUAACCAGAUACUAUGAAGGGGGUGCUUUGAUUAAAAACUCUUGGACAUGUCGGUAAUUAUUGGACUUUUCUUUUCUUUUCUCACCAAAAAAGAAACUAACUAAAUACAUGUAGUAUCCUGGGCUGAUCUGAUUGUUCUGGUCAGUCAGUAUUUUCUCAUACUUGACAUACUUUCGUGUUCGUUUCAGAAGAUUCUAACUACCCUUUUCUUGUAAGUUUUUAGUAAUCACGUUUGGAGGAAAAAAGAAAUAUUUUUAGUUUUUACUGUGUAUAUUUAUAUUCGUGGAGUUGAGAAAGUGAAGAUAUGGUUGUUUGGGAUCUAUAAACUUCGAUUUGAUUGUCUGAGGCGAGAAUGUGGAUCUUGUAGAGGUCGGUUUGAUCGAGACGAGGGUAUAUAUAUUUGAUUGGCUCAAGGCAUAAAAAAUUUAAGUGGAAAGCUGAGACCUCGAUUAGGGCUUUUUUUUUUUUUGGAGUUGCUCCACUUUCUGUGAAAAAGGAGGUGAGUUUAGCUCUGAUCUUGCUGGGUUUUUGGUUUUGGAAUCUGGGUUUGGGUGUGUUCUUCUGGGUUUGGCAUCAGUGAGACCAGAGUUGACUGGGUAAAAGGGAAGCUCACUUUAUAAGUCUAGUUGCAGUUGAUGGUUAGAAUGGAGUUGUGAUUUAGGAAAGAAAAUAUGCUAAUAGAGGUCCUCAGUGUUUAAGUUUUAAGUACGAUGGGGUGCAGCUGCUCUAGGAUCACGUCUUGUUGCUGGAAUUCACAGUUCAAGGCUGCUGUGCUUGAAGCUCCUGAUGUUGAGAAUGACGAGAACAGUGAGGUCAGCGAUGUCCCUGCAUUCCGUGAGUACACACUAGAGCAGCUUAAAAAUGCAACAUCUGGUUUUGCAGUGGAGAAUAUUGUGUCUGAGCAUGGAGAAAAGGCUCCAAAUGUUGUCUAUAAAGGAAAGCUGGAGAAUCAAAGGAGGAUUGCUAUUAAGCGCUUUAACAGAAUGGCAUGGCCUGAUGCGCGCCAAUUUCUGGAAGAAGCAAGAGCAGUUGGUCAACUACGCAAUAAUAGAUUAGCAAAUCUCCUUGGUUGUUGCUGUGAAGGUGAUGAGAGGUUACUUGUAGCAGAAUAUAUGCCCAAUGAGACUCUUGCUAAACAUCUUUUCCAUUGGGAGACACAGCCUAUGAAAUGGGCAAUGCGAUUGAGGGUUGUCUUACAUCUUGCACAAGCUCUAGAGUACUGCACAAGCAAAGGGCGUGCCCUUUAUCACGACCUUAAUGCUUACAGAGUCUUAUUUGAUGAGGAUGGCAAUCCAAGACUCUCAACAUUUGGCCUGAUGAAGAACAGUAGGGAUGGAAAAAGUUAUAGUACGAAUCUGGCAUUUACUCCUCCAGAGUAUUUAAGAACUGGGAGAGUAACUCCAGAAAGUGUUAUAUAUAGCUUUGGCACUCUUCUGCUCGAUCUUCUCAGUGGAAAGCAUAUUCCCCCCAGCCACGCCCUUGACCUCAUAAGGGACAGAAAUCUCCAGAUGCUAACUGAUUCCUGCUUGGAAGGGCAAUUUUCUGAUGAUGAUGGCACUGAGUUGGUACGGUUGGCUUCUCGAUGUCUGCAAUAUGAACCUCGAGAGCGUCCAAAUCCAAAGUCAUUGGUGGCUGCUUUGACACCUCUUCAAAAGGAAACUGAGGUUCCUUCGCAUUUGUUGAUGGGUAUUCCUCAUAUUGAUUCAUUCUCGCCUCUGUCCCCCCUCGGUGAGGCUUGCUCUAGAAGGGACUUAACUGCAAUACAUGAGAUCUUAGAGAAUAUUGGCUACAAAGAUGAUGGAGUGACAAACGAGCUUUCCUUCCAAAUGUGGACUGACCAAAUGCAAGAAACAUUGAACUCAAAGAAAAAGGGUGAUGCUGCUUUCCGGCAAAAAGACUUCAGCGAAGCAAUUGAGUGUUACAGUCAGUUCAUUGAUGUUGGAACCAUGGUUUCUCCAACUGUAUUUGCACGGCGUAGUUUGUGUUAUCUCAUGAGCGACAUGCCUCAGGAAGCGCUAAAUGAUGCAAUGCAAGCCCAAGUCAUUUCUCCCGUGUGGCACAUUGCUUCUUAUCUCCAGUCUGCCGCCCUCACUGCAUUGGGAAUGGAGACUGAAGCUCAAAUGGCACUUAAGGAGGCUUCAACUCUUGAAGCUAAGAGAAGUGCAAGUUCUGGGCAGAAGUAAAAGACAAUGUGGGGAUUCGUGAAGUCUUAUUUUACGUCCAAUCCGAGCUGUCCCUUUUAUGAAAGAUGGCAGCAUGGCACUAAUAUGAUUGUUAAAUUUUCAAUCAGCCAAUGGACGGAGAAUCUACAUUCAACAUCAAUACGUGACAAUACAAAGAAAUUGCUUUCUUCAGUGAAAACUGACUUGUGUCAUAUGAGGAGUUUGGGAUUUUCUAGCCCGUGUUUUUUCUAUAGGCAUGUGAGGAGUUCUUUCGUUCCUGGUGUGGUUUGAUCAGUUGUGCACCAAAAAACUUACUCCCAGAUUCAUUGAAAGUGGAAGAAACCAUUUCUUUUCUUAAUUCCCCCAAACCCGCCAAAAGAUAAAAGAGGGUGGUAUUGGAGGUGAAAAUUGUUCUUAAGCGAGCUAUUUCUGUAUAGAUUCUGUGAGCUAUGGUGUCUUACUGCUCCUUGUUUUGUUGGUUUUGGACAUUGAGUUCUCAACAUAGGAAUUCUAUACCCCUGAAACCCUUUCCGCCGU